AUGAUAACGGCUGCAAGUAUGCCUGAUAACGUGGACGUCUGUGUCUACUAUCUUUAUUGGCGCUCCCUGGUGGAACUGCUUAGCGGACUGCCGAAGGAUAAUCAAGGUGUUCUGGUCUGCACUUACGGCAUGGAAAACUACAUCCAUCUUAACGAUGUUACCCACCGCGUGUUGCAUCUGUUCGAGAGACAUGAUAGGAAGCUGUCAACUAUCAACUUUCUGGGAGACGAUACGCUCAGCGACGCUGUAAGAACUGCUGGUGAUAUCGCUAAGAAUGGUGAGUCAUACAUUAUAUUCCUGGUUGGUCGGCACCCGAUAUCUGCUGGCCUUAGUAAUUCGGAUCGCGUCAGGGCUUUGUCGUCUCUUGAUGAUGCUGGUUCCAACAGGUGCUUCUUCUCCAUGCCUGUUACGAGGAGAGAGGUAUGCUCGAGCCCUGAUCUCUUGCCCCUGUUACGUCGGUCAAACCUUCUCCUAGGUAUAUUCACCGGAAGGCGGACUCAUUUGUUGGGCCUCGUCACCUACCCUUCUGACGUGGACAAUCCAGUGAGUAGAUUCGAUGUUCCAGGGCUUCUCAACACUUAUGACGCACGUAUCCGAACCAUGAGGACGUCCAACGAACGCUGCCGGGACUGCAAUCUGGCCUUGGCGUACUGCGCUUCUAACCCGAGUCUGGAACCUGACCUAGCGCCUGAGAUCACCGAUGAGGAAUAA